GAUCUAUUGAUGUUUCUCUUAGAUUUUAGUUGGAUUUUAGUCAUUUUAGAUGUUUCUCAUUUCUCAUAUGUUUCUCAUGUUUCUAUUUCUACAGAGAUUUCUAUUUAUUAUUGAAUAUAAACUAUAUCAAAUAAUUUAACAUCUAAUUAAUCCGUGCAGUAAUGUUUAAAGUUUUACUUUAUAUUAUUUACCUCAUUCAUGUAUGCGAUUCUAGUAAAAAUAAUGUCCUUUUUAUAAUUCUAGACGAUUUGCGUCCAGCGUUAAGUUGCUAUAAAGAUGAUAAUGCUUAUAGCCCGAAUAUUGAUAAAAUGUCUUCACAAAGCUUUCUCUUCAAAUCAACUUAUGCCCAGCAAGCACUUUGUGCCCCUAGCAGAAAUUCAUUAUUAACAAGCCGAAGACCUGAUUCUGUUCACUUAUAUGAUUUUUAUAGUUAUUGGAGAGAUACAGUAGGAAAUUUUACUACAAUACCUCAGUUAUUCAAAGAAAACGGAUAUCAUACACAUUCAAUUGGAAAAGUUUUUCAUCCAGGAAUAUCAUCAAAUUUUUCUGAUGAUCAGCCUUAUAGUUGGAGUGAAACACCUUUUCAUCCUGCAACUUUUAAAUUCAAAAAUGCCAAAGUGUGUCCUAAUAAUGAUGGUACCUUAUCUACCAAUUUAAUUUGUCCAGUAAUUACAAGAUUUCAACCCCUUAAAACUUUACCAGAUAUAGAGUCAACAAAAGAGGCUAUUCGUUUUCUAAAUGAGAGAAAUAAAACAUUGCCGUUCUUUCUAGCGGUAGGUUUACAUAAACCACACAUUCCUUUCAAGUUUCCUGUUUCUUAUUUAGAUUUUCAUCCGUUGGAAAAUAUAUCGAUACCAGUUAAUCGCUUUAGACCAUCUCUAUUACCAGAGGUCGCUUGGAAUCCAUGGACUGACAUUCGACUUCGGGACGACAUUAAAAAGCUUAAUAUAUCUUUUCCGUUUGGACCAAUUCCAGAUAAUGAUAUAAAAAAAAUUAAACAGGCAUACUAUGCAUCUGUAACGUAUGUAGAUGACCUAAUAGGGCAAAUUUUAAACGAGGUUAAUUUAGAAGAAACAAUUGUUGUUUUGACUUCUGAUCAUGGAUGGUCUAUUGGACAACACGGUGAAUUUUCAAAAUUUAGUAAUUUCAUGGAAGCCACGCAUGUGCCUUUAAUCAUACAUGUUCCUAAAUUAUCACACAACAAAGUUGUAAUACACGCACUAACGGAACUUGUCGAUCUUUUUCCAACUUUGGUAGAUUUGACUCAAGUUGCUGAGCCCUUGACAAAAUGCCCUAAAAAUAUAAAAUUAAAUACAUGCACUGAAGGGAGAAGUUUACUGCCCGUCAUGUUAGAAGCAGUAGAAAAACAAAAGAUCAAAGGAAAGUCAGCAGUGUUUACUCAGUAUCCGAGACCUGGACCUUACCCAACAUUAAAACCAAAUAGUGAUAAACCUAUUUUACGUGACAUUAAAAUUAUGGGCUACUCGAUGAUUACAAGGAGAUUUAGAUAUACAGAAUGGGUUGAUUUUAAUCCUGAUAAUUUUACUGCAAAUUGGGAAAAGGUUCAUGGUAGAGAACUUUAUGAUCUUGUCGUGGACCCACAAGAAAAUAUGAACCUAGCUGGAAGAGAUGAACUUCAAAAAUGGGUAAAAUAUCUAAAACAUAAAUUAAAAUUAGGAUGGAGAUAUAUCUAAUAUUGUUUAAUACACUUCUAUAUAUACUACUAUCUGUGCCAAAGUUUUAAACCAAAUAAAACAUAGACCGAUCGUUACAUA